GUACUGAGAUUUGCAUGUGUGUGAACAAAUCUGUAAAUGUGUACGUAAGUAUUAAUAGGUAAAAAAUCUAAGUAUUGUAGCGCCGGGAGGACCGAGACUUCACGAGCGUAGCGUAGGACGAAGAGACUUCCUUGCCGGGGAGAACACGCUCCUUCUCUUUAGUCUAGCAGGCACCAACACAGUACGAAAACACAGUGGGGUCAGACACUGGACGGUCAGGUACACGCUCGGUGGGUAACUUACAUAAUGGAAUAGACAUGCGAGGAUCGAACAGAGCGCACGUAAGACACGGGCAAACAUACACGCCACAAUCAGGAACACAAGUAUUAAUCAUAACUAAUAACAAUAACAAGGGUACAGUAUUUUGCUCUCUAUCUGUAAAUACAGACAAGUCAUCAGUUACAACUUAGGCGGACUUCUGAAUUGGCUGUCUUUUUAAGCGUUAUUUUUGCUACACUUCUGCCGCAGCAGAUCUGCAAAUGCGUGUGGGGAUUUGUCUGUCUGUGGAGGUUGUGAGGGCUUAGGGCUGUCCCUUUCGGUACUAAGAUAUAUCUACGCUAAUACGUCCUGUCCAAGAGCAAACAGUUAGAAUCUGUAACGCAUUAUAUUGGAUGCUAUAUGAUAACAUUUCGACUUCUAAUCAUAACCGCCGAAACUCAAAAUUUGUGAAAAUUUUAACUUCGGAGGUGUACUGUUUUGUCUAAUAUGCUGAAUUAGGCCUAUAUGUCUGAACGCAAAAUUAAACCGUGUUGGUAAGAAUGUGUGUUCAAUAGCCUAGAUAAUGGUUAUGUUAAUCGAAACAUAUUACAAUACGAAAUACGCAUACGAAACUGAAUACACAUUUACAGAUUCCUAUACACAGCUGCAAAUCUCAGUACGCAUUUACAAAUUCUUCUAUACAUUUACAAAUCUGAUUAUGCACACACUGAUUGAGAUAGUCACACAGCUCUCCAUACACAUUUGCAAAUAAUUUUGCCAUAAAAGUAGCCCUGACACAAAACUUACCGUCUACGGUUACAAAACGUUACAAAACAUCAUUUACCACUACACACAGAAAUGAAACGCAACUGUACAUUGCGUCAUCAACGAGGGACACAGGUCCUUUUCCCCUACAGGCAGAAUGGCGCAGAUAUAUUACGCAGGGACAGUAGCCAGACUAUAGAUAAUUCUGCAGAUCUACCACUCAGGAACUUUCUCUCCUGGUGUGAAACAGUGGGGAUAACACUGAGCGAUAAGGUCUGUUUAAGUAAGGAAGGCACUGUGGCUGAGUAUGGCAUGCUGGCCAAGGAUGACAUCGAGGAAGGAGAGACCCUCUUCGUCAUUCCCAGGAGAGCUGUUCUGUCUCAGAGCACCACUAAAGUCAAAACUGUGUUAGAGGAAGGUAAAGACUCCCUGGAAAGCAGUUCUGGCUGGGUACCCCUUCUCUUGGCUCUGAUGUUGGAGUAUACAACUCCAGAGUCCUACUGGAGAUCUUACUUAGCUCUUUGGCCUGAUUUUAAGAUGCUGGACCAUCCCAUGUUCUGGUCUAAGGGUGAGAGGGACAGCCUGCUUCAGGGAACAGGAGUUCCAGAGGCAGUGGACACCGACCUCGCCAACAUCCAGAAUGAGUACACCGACAUCGUCCUGCCCUUCAUCCGCUCGCACCCUGAUCUUUGGAAUCCGGAGAAGCACAAUUUUGAGCUCUACAAGAGUCUGGUGGCUUUUGUCAUGGCCUACAGUUUUCAGGAGCCUGUUGAGGAUGAUGAAGAUGAUGAAGCUGAUCCUAAUCCUCCCAUGAUGGUCCCCAUGGGUGACAUGCUGAACCAUACAUCCAACCACAACACCAACCUGGAAUACUCGCCUGAGGCCUUGAAGAUGGUGUCAGUGUGCUGCAUUAGAGCAGGAGAGGAGGUUUUUAACACCUAUGGACAGAUGGCCAACUGGCAACUCCUGCAUAUGUAUGGAUUCAUUGAGCCGUAUCCCAGCAACACAAAUGACACAGCAGACAUACAGAUGACCAGUGUCUAUAAGGCAGCUCUGCAAGGGAGUCAGAGUGAAUCUGAGAAGCGUUUACUGGUGGAGAAGUGGGAGCUUCUGUGUGAGAUGGAGAUGGUGGGAGACAAGGGCGUGUUCAUCUUCAGUCAAACGGGCUCACUCACGGACACGGAGCUCUAUGCUACGCUGAAGGUCCUCUGCCUGUCCGCUGAGGAGUUUGAAGAGCUCAGAGCGAGCGAGGCCUGGGAGGAGGUGGAAGACGAGCCAGAAAAGAUGGCCCUGGCGUUCUCCGAAGAGGGUAUCUCCAAACUCAAGCCUGCCUGGAAGCAGCUGGUCCAUGGUGCCGCUCGCAUCACCUUGGACUCGUUUGCUGGGGACCUGGAGGCUGACAAAGCGGUCAUGGAUGACGAGGGGGCUUAUGGCCAGCUGAGCUGCAGGCAGAAGUGUGCACUACAGGUGCGCUAUGGACAGAAGGUGAUCCUGCACCAGCUUCUGCGAAUGACACAGACCUGAACUUCUGCUUUACAUCAUAACCUCCAUCAUAGAGAUUAAAAAAUCUGAAGCAACCAUA